UUUGGUUUUUACAUUGUAGUUUUCGUUGGAAAAUAUAGAAAAGUCUGUUUAUUCUCUCAAACCAAACCCAGACCAAAUCAGAAAUCAUUCAAAGGACGAAGCAACAGCUCUCCUUCACUGUCUCUAUUCAGAGAACUGCAGCUUACAAGUUUGAACAACACUUGAAAGGAACUGGAUCUGUAUAUUUUCUUCAUAUUCAUUAAAAGAUGAAAGAGACUAGAGAUGGGUCCAAAAAAGACAUGCAUUCAAAAAAUCCAUCUGUUAGCUCUCUUCCCCUCAUUUUGGAUGUUGAAGAUUUUAAGGGUGAUUUUUCCUUUGAUGCACUGUUUGGAAAUUUGGUGAAUGAGCUCCUUCCUUCAUUUCAAGAGGAAGAAACUGAUCCAAUAGAAGGACACAACAACAUUAGCAAUGAUGUUUUCCCUAAUGGGCAUGUACGGGGAGCAUCAGAUACCAUUAAAUUCUCUCAAGGGCUAUCUACUCCUUUGUUUCCAGAAGUUGACAAGCUCUUAGCACUGUUCAAGGAUUCCAGCCAAGAGUUGGUUGAUCUUCGAAAACAGAUUGAUGGUAAGCUUUACAAUCUCAAGAAAGAUGUUGCUGCCCAAGAUUCCAAGCAUCGCAAGACACUUGCUGAGUUGGAAAAAGGUGUCGAUGGCCUAUUCGACAGUUUUGCAAGGUUAGAUUCACGCAUUUCAAGUGUUGGACAGACUGCUGCAAAAAUAGGAGAUCAUCUACAAAGUGCAGAUGCCCAAAGGGAAACUGCUAGUCAAACAAUAGAGUUGAUAAAGUACUUGAUGGAAUUCAAUGGCAGCCCUGGUGACUUAAUGGAGCUUUCACCAUUAUUCUCUGAUGAUAGUCGUGUUGCAGAGGCAGCCUCAAUUGCACAAAAAUUGCGGUCAUUUGCUGAGGAAGAUAUUGGACGACAAGGGAUCUCCGUUCCAUCAAUUGUAGGAAAUGCAACUGCGCAGGGUUUAGAGGUUGCAGUUGCUAACCUUCAGGACUACUGUAAUGAAUUGGAGAAUAGAUUGUUGUCUCGUUUUGAUGCAGCAUCACAAAGAAGAGAAUUAUCUACUAUGGCUGAAUGUGCUAAAAUUCUUUCACAGUUUAACAGAGGUACUAGUGCCAUGCAACAUUAUGUGGCAACACGUCCCAUGUUUAUUGAUGUUGAAAUUAUGAAUGCGGACACCAGAUUGGUUCUUGGUGAGCAGGGUUUGCAGGCCACUCCGAGCAAUGUUGCUCGUGGGCUAUCUUCCUUGUACAAAGAAAUUACAGAUACUGUAAGAAAAGAAGCUGCAACAAUAAUGGCAGUAUUUCCUUCUCCUAAUGAUGUUAUGUCAAUCUUAGUCCAGCGUGUAUUGGAGCAACGGGUCACCGCUCUUUUAGACAAGUUAUUGGUGAAGCCGUCCCUUGUGAAUCUUCCUCCAAUGGAAGAAGGCGGGCUUUUAUUAUACCUUAGAAUGCUGGCGGUGGCAUAUGAGAAAACACAAGAGCUUGCUAGAGACCUACGAGCUGUUGGGUGUGGUGAUUUAGACGUUGAAGGCCUCACGGAGUCUUUGUUUUCUGCUCACAAGGAAGAGUAUCCGGAGCAUGAACAGGCAUCUCUAAGACAGCUGUAUCAGGCUAAGAUGGAAGAGUUACGUGCAGAGAACCAACAAGUUCCUGAGUCAUCUGGUACUAUAGGACGUUCAAAAGGAGCUUCAAUAGCAACUUCACCCCAACAAAUUUCUGUUACUGUUGUUACAGAGUUUGUGAGAUGGAAUGAGGAAGCAAUUUCUAGAUGCACUUUAUUCUCAUCUCAACCUGCUACUUUGGCGGCCAAUGUAAGAGCUGUUUUUACCUGUCUGCUUGAUGAAGUCAGUCAGUAUAUUACAGAUGGGCUUGAAAGGGCUAGGGAUAGCUUGACUGAAGCAGCUGCUUUGAGGGAAAGGUUUGUGCUGGGUACAAGUGUCAGUAGAAGAGUGGCUGCUGCGGCUGCUUCUGCAGCAGAAGCGGCGGCAGCAGCUGGUGAAAGCAGUUUCAGAUCUUUCAUGGUUGCUGUACAACGUUGUGGUAGUAGUGUGGCAAUAGUUCAGCAAUACUUUGCGAAUUCAAUUUCCCGGCUCUUGCUUCCUGUGGAUGGUGCCCAUGCUGCUUCAUGUGAAGAGAUGUCAACAGCUAUGUCUAGUGCGGAGGCUUCAGCUUAUAAAGGACUACAACAGUGCAUUGAAACUGUAAUGGCUGAGGUUGAGCGAUUGCUUUCUGCUGAACAGAAGGCUACAGAUUAUCGGUCUCCUGAUGAUGGAAUUGCUCCUGAUCAUCGGCCAACAAAUGCUUGCACGAGAGUUGUGGCUUACCUUUCUCGCGUGCUCGAGUCUGCAUUUACUGCCCUUGAAGGUCUUAACAAGCAAGCUUUCUUAACUGAGCUGGGAAAUCGGUUGCACAAAGGCCUCCUCAGCCACUGGCAGAAGUUCACUUUUAAUCCAAGCGGAGGCCUACGUCUGAAGCGUGACAUAACGGAGUAUGGAGAAUUUGUGCGCAGUUUUAAUGCUCCUUCUGUUGAUGAAAAAUUUGAGUUACUGGGCAUCAUGGCCAAUGUCUUUAUUGUUGCUCCUGAAAGCCUCUCAACUCUAUUUGAGGGCACCCCAAGUAUUCGGAAAGAUGCACAGAGGUUUAUCCAGCUUAGAGAGGAUUACAAGAGUGCAAAACUCGCAGCCCGACUUAGUUCUCUGUGGCCAAGCUCAAGUUGAUACAACCUUAAGUCUGAGCUAUGACCUUGUAAGUCACGUACAUUAGCAUCCGUUAAGCUCUCUAUAUACUGCAUGUCCUAAUAAUAUGUGUCCGGUUUCGUUGGGAAUUUGUCCACAGCUUCAACUGAUGGACAGAAAAAUUGAGGCAAUAGUUGAUACUCAUCCUUUGGUUACUGUUUCAUGAUUAUAUUCUCUUGGAAAAAGAUAUAACUUGGAAUACAUUUUUCUUAAGUUAGGAGUGAGGUGAUAGUUUUCAUUAUUGAGAUUCAAUUCAUAGGUUGGUUUGUGGGACAGGUGAGUUUAGGGAAGGGAACUGAAUUAUCUCCCAUGGUGGUUGUUGUACUUGUAAGUUGUAAAUGAUUAUUCUUUUCAUUUUGCCCUCUGUGGGGUUUUGACAACGAUAAUCUAGUGCCAUCAUCUCAAUAAUUUUCUUCAUCUUCA